AUGAGCUGGUGGUCGUCCUCGGCCAACACGGCCUUGGACGAGCAGAUUGAGAAGGCGACGAGCAGUAGUCUGGAGGACAUCGCCCUGAACCUCGAGAUCUCCGACGUCAUCAGGUCCAAGACGGUCGCUCCGAAGGAGGCCAUGCGGUCGCUCAAACGGCGCAUCGGCAACAAGAACCCCAAUACUCAGCUGAGCGCACUGAAUCUCGCCGACACCUGUUUCAAGAAUGGAGGAUCGCAUUUCCUAGUCGAGGUCGCCUCCCGCGAGUUCAUGGACAACUUCGUAUCCCUCCUGCAGCUCGAGGGGCCCGCCAUGAUCAACCAGGCGGUUAAGUCUAAGAUCCUCGAGCUGAUCCAGUCGUGGGCGGCAGCUACGGAAGACCGGUACGAACUCGCCUACAUCAACCAGGUGUACAAGAUGCUCCAGAAAGACGGAUACCAGUUUCCGCCACGUCAGACGGUCUCGAGCAGCAUGGUAGACAGCAGUGCGCCUCCCGAGUGGGCGGAUUCCGAUGUCUGCAUGCGAUGCCGAACACCCUUUACGUUCACCAACCGAAAACACCACUGUCGCAACUGCGGAAACUGCUUCGACCAGCAGUGCUCCACCAAGGUGGUGGCCCUCCCGCACCUCGGCAUCCACACGCCGGUACGGGUCGACGACGGCUGCUACGCCAAGAUCACGGGCAAAGGCUACAAGGAGCUGGACCGGACGCCGACGUUCCCCCACAAGCAGCGCAGCUCAUCUGCCAUGCAGCCGCGGGAUGCCCGCGUGGACACGGACGACGGCUUUGACCAGGACCUGAAGAGGGCGCUGGCCAUGAGUCUGGAAGACGCUGGGCAGCCGCACGCGCCGGCGCCACCCAUGCCCAGCGGGCCGUCCAAGGCCACCGGUGGCGGCGACGCAGAAGCGGCCAAGCAGAUGGAGGAGGAAGACGAGGACCUCAAGGCGGCCAUCGCAGCAUCGCUGGCGGAUAUGGAAGAGCAGAAGCAGAUGCAUUCGGCCGCGCUGAAGGAGCAGGCGUCGAACCCCGCCGCCACCGGCUCGUCAAUGGCACCUGGCUCUGCGCUCUACAAGAACGACUACGAGCUGACGCCUGUAGAGGCGGAAAACAUCAACCUCUUCUCGACGCUCGUGGAUCGCCUGCAGAUGCAGCCACCGGGAACGAUUCUGCGGGAACCGCAGAUCCAGGAACUGUACGAUAGCAUUGGGGCUCUGCGGCCGAAGCUGGCGAGGACAUAUGGCGAGACGAUGAGCAAGCACGAUACCCUUCUGGACCUCCACGCAAAACUAUCCACGGUCGUGCGAUACUAUGACCGGAUGCUGGAGGAGAGGCUCUCCAAGGCCUACAGCCAGCAGAGCAUCGGUGGCUACGGUCUGCCGUCGCAACGCCAGCCCUCGGGCCCGUACCCCUCAUUACCGUCUCGCGCACCCAGCGCCCCUGGGGGAGCGGAGAAUUUUUACAACCUCAACCAUCGUCUCAGCUACCAGGCACCGCCGCCUCAGGUCACGGGCCAGGUAUACCAGCAACAGCCGCAGGCGACCCCUCAAGCUCAGUUUGCUUCGUACCGAGCUGGAUCCGAGACUGCUCCUCCUCUAGGGCCGUAUCCCACCCAGGGGGGUGAGAACUGGCAAGGCAUGCCGCCCGUUGUGCCGCAGGACCCAUAUUACCCGCAGCAGCAGCAGCAGCAGCAGCAAGUUCAAUCGCCGCAGCAGGCUACGGGCACACCGUCCCAAGACACACACGCUUCGUAUUAUCUCGGUAGUGGUGGCGAGCAGCAGCAGCAGCAGCAGCAGCAGCAGCAACAUCAGCAAGGGGUCCAGGCACAGACACCCUCGGCGCCCGUGCUGGCAUCCGGGGUGCCAGCAGGAUCUGAGCCAGGACCAUCGUCGCCCUAUUCCAACCUGACGCAGCAGCAGCAGAAUUUGCAGUUCCACAGCACGGCGUCCAUGUCGUCUCAGGCAGCUGCCACGCCCCCUCCUAUCUCCACCCCCGUCGGUAAUCCUUCUGCUGCUGCCUUGCCAUCUGCCCCUCAAGGUGGUAGCGGUACGGCUCCGUCGGCCCCUGCCAGCAGUGUCCAGCAGCAGCAGCAGCAGCAGGCUCCGCAGUCACCGACUGCCCAACGAGUGGCGGCGGCUCCUCCGAGCCAGCAAUAUUGGCCCAGCGCUCCCGCUCUCGCACCUGGCCCUACCCCCGGUCAUGCUCCUCCCCCUCAGCAGCAGCAGCAGCAGCAGCAGAACUGGGGGUAUGCAGGAUAUGCGGCGAGUGCCCUGCCAAGUGUUCCCCAGGAGGAGCCCAUCAAGCAGCAGCAGCAUGUGCAAGAGGAGGCUCUUAUCGAGCUGUAG